GUUGUAGACUUCCCGAGCCGAGCUUAUUUCGGGUCUUCAAAGAUAUUCUCCAACUUGAUUAAGCUUCUUAAAAUGUCCUAUAGAAUGAGUAACAAUGGAAAUGGGUGAGACAUUCUUCCAAAUUGGGAUAGAAUUGGUCAGAAGGAAAAAGGUAUCGGUUCGGGUCACGGGCGCACCAAAUCGGGUCGGUUUGUGCCCCGCAGGUCGCCUAUCUUCUUUAACCUCCUCUUUCCGUUUCUCCCUCUCUCCUCUGCGUUUUCUCUUCCGCUCAGUCCGUCAAGAUCCCACAAUGUCGACCUAGCCACGCGAAGGUCCGUGAAUAUGUUAGGGUUUUUGGAAAGAAACAACGGAGAAUCUCAACAACCCGAAACUUAACGUCGGAGUUCUCCCUUUCUCGGUGAUUCGGGUUCCAACAUCGAACUUGCGAGUUUUUUCCGGCGACAAGAAGUUUCGGCCUUCUCUCUCGGGUUUUCUCUUUUUCAUCUUCACUCUUACUUAAUGAUCGUGUCAUCUCUCGGUUGGAGUGGAGCUUGCUAUCACUCGCACAUAGAUCUGUUUUGGAAAUGUAUAAUCUCUUCACUAGAAAUCAGAAGUAUCAAGAUGCCUUGGACUUUGCUAAUUGUUAUGGCUUGGAUAAAGAUGAAGUUCUGAAGUCACAGUGGCUGCAUUCUGAUCAAGGAACUAAUGAUAUGAAUGCAUAUCUGUCAAAGAUAAAGGAUCAGGUUUUCAUCCUUUCUGAAUGUAUUGAAAAAGUUGGACCAACAGAAGAUGCUGUAAAGGCAAUGCUUGAUUAUGGGCUGAAACUAACCAACCAUUACCAGUUUCUUGAAGUAGAAGAUCUUGAAAGCGAUGAAAUAUGGAGUUUCCGCCUGGCUAGACUCCGGUUACUGCAAUUUAAGGACAGACUGGAAACAUAUCUUGGCAUGAAUAUGGGCAGAUUUUCUGUGCAGGAAUAUAGUAGCUUCCGCAUGAAGCCUAUCAAGGAAGCUGCUAUUAAUCUUGCAAAAAAUGGAAAAAUUGGAGCCUUAAACCUCUUGUUCAAGCGCUACACAUAUUCCACGAGUCCUUUCUUGUUAGAAGUUUUAUCUGCUAUUCCUGAAACAGUUCCUGUGCGGACUUAUUUGCAGCUUCUCCCUGGAAGGUCUCCUCCUACUAGCAUUGCAGUGAGGGAAGAGGACUGGGUUGAAUGUCAGAAGAUGUUAAACUUUAUAAUGAAAUUACCUGAAAAUCAUGAGCUUAGUUCACAGAUUAGAACUGAACCUAUUGUCAAGAAAUAUUUUGGACUUAUCUGGCCUUCAAUUAGUGAACUUGCAAUGUGGUACAUGAAAAGAGCUAGAGACAUUGAUACUUUGAGUGGACAGCUUGACAACUGUCUCUGCUUGCUUGAUUGUGCUAACCGAAAAGGUAUUCAUGAAUUACAAGAAUUUUGUGAGGAUGUCAGUUACUUGCAUCAGCUAAUUUAUUCUGAAGGAAGCGAUGAUAAUAUCUGCAUUGAUCUUGUUUCUUGGGAACAGUUGUCUUCGUAUGAGAAAUUUAAGUUGAUGCUGAAGGGUAUAAAUGAGGAAAGUGUAAUCAGAAGAUUAGUUGACAAAGCAGUUCCAUUCAUGAGAAAAAGAUCAACUGAUAUGACCUCAGUUCCUAAAAAAGAAUCUGACCCUUUGGAAAAUCAAGAUACGACUGAAUCAUUUUUAGUUAAAUGGAUGAAGGAACUAGCUACAGAGAAUAAGUUGGAGAUAUGCCUAUUGGUCAUUGAAGGAUGGUGCAGAGACUUCAAAACUAAUGAGUUUUUUAGGAGUGACGUUGAAGCUGUUGACUGUGCGUUACAGUGCAUAUAUUUCUCUACCGUAACUGAUAGAUGGAGUACCAUGGCAGGCAUUUUGACAAAGCUACUUCAAAUACAAGACACCAAAUCCUCUGAUGACCUGAAAAGAAGGCUCAAGCUGGCAGAAGGCCACGUUGAAGCACAAAGGCUUUUGUCCUAUUACCAGGUGCCGAAGCCAAUGCAAUUUUUCUUAGAAGGUCAGGAUGAUGGUAAAGGUGUAAAACAAAUUAUGCGCCUCAUACUCUCAAAGUUUAUUCGUCGACAGUCCAGUCGAUCGGACAAUGAUUGGACAAAUAUGUGGCAUGACAUGCUGUGUCUGAAGGAGAAGGCAUUUCCUUUUUUGGACCUGGAGUAUAUGCUGGUAGAAUUUUGUCGUGGACUGUUAAAAGCUGGGAAAUUUUCGCUUGCAAGAAACUACUUGAAGGGUACAAGUUCGGUCUCUUUGUCAGCAGAGAAGGCUGAAAACCUUGUCAUUCAAGCUGCUAGAGAGUACUUUUUCUCUGCUUCAAGUCUUAACGGUCCAGAAGUCUGGAAGGCAAAGGAGUGUCUCAACAUAUUUCCGAGCAGUAGAUAUGUCGAAGCGGAGGUUGAUAUUAUUGAUGCUCUCACAGAAUUACUACCAAGCCUUGGAGUGACUCUUCUGCCCGUGCAAUUCAGACAAAUAAAAGAUCCAAUGGAAAUAAUAAAAAUGGCAAUUUCAAGUCAGACUGGAGCUUAUAUACAUGUUGAAGAACUCAUUCAGGUUGGCAAGCUUCUUGGAUUGAGCUCUCCAACCGAGAUAUCAGCAGUUGAAGAAGCUAUAGCUAGAGAAGCUGCAGUUGCUGGUGAUCUGCAAUUGGCAUUUGAUCUCUGCCUUGGUUUAACAAAGAAAGGGCAUGGUUCCGUUUGGGAUUUGUGUGCUGCAUUAGCAAGGGGUCCUUCCCUUGAGAAUAUGGAUAUUAAUUCUCGAAAGCACCUACUAGGUUUCUCUUUGAGCCACUGUGAUGAGGAAUCAAUUUCUGAACUCCUCCAUGCAUGGGAAGAACUUGAUAUGCAAGGGCAGUGCACAAAAUUAAUGGUGAUGGCUGGCACAGAUUGUUCAAACCCUCCAGUACAAAGUACUUUGCUUUCCUCACUUCAAGGAAACAAUAUUCAAAAUAUUGGUGAAUUCAAAGAUUGUUUUGAAUUAGUUGGUGGUGUUGGCAGGAACGAUCAAGAGUCUUUUCUAGAAAGUACUGUGAAUAGGUUACUUCUUGUUGCAAAAGACCUACCUGUUGAAAAUAGAACUAAAUUGGCUACCUUUCUGAGAGAGAAUGGAAAAUUUUUGUCAUUUGCUUAUUUGCAACUUCCUUGGUUGCUUGAACUGAGUAAGAAUGCAGAAAUUAAGAAACUGGAUCCUGGAACAGAAUACUCAAGUUUGAAAACGCAAGCUAUUGCUACUCUAUUGUCAUGGCUUGCUAGGAAUGGGUUUGUUCCUAAAGACAGCUUGAUCACCUCUCUUGCAAAAUCAGUUAUUGAAUCUCCUACCAAGGUGGCAGACUUGACUGGCUGUUUGCUGUUGUUGAAUCUGGUGGAUGCCUUCAAUGGGGUUGAAGUUUUUGAAGAGCAAUUACGGACAAGGGAAGACUACCAAGAAGCUAGUAGCAUAAUGAUUGUGGGGAUGACAUAUUGUUCGUUGCACGAGUCUCGAGUUGUGUGCGACGGUCCAACUCAAAGGAGGUAGCUGGUUCUUGAAAAAUUUAAAGAAAAGAACACCUUUAGCUCUGAUCAAAGUAGAAAAAGUAAUGAAGUGGAAUCAACAUUUUGGCGGGAGUGGAAACUUAAGCUAGAAGAACAGAAACGUAUAGCUGAUCAUUCUAGAACGUUGGAGAAUAUUAUUCCUGAUGUUGAAACAUCACGUUUUUUAUCUGGAGACCGUUAUUACAUUGAGAGAGUUGUUCUGUCCUUAAUUGAAUCAGUAAAUUUGGAGAAGAAACAUAUUUUGAAGGAUAUUCUUAAUUUAGCUAAUACCUAUGGCAUGAAUCGGACUGAGGUGCUAUUGAAAUAUCUAAGUUCCAUCCUGGUUUCAGAGGCUUGGAACAAUGAGGAUAUUAUGGUCGAAAUCUCAGAAUUCAGAGAGGAGAUUAUUGGUUGUGCUGCAGAAACCAUUGAAACUAUUUCCACCGCUGUGUACCCAUCUAUUAAUGGGACUGAUAAGUUGCGGCUACACUGUAUAUAUGGGUUGCUCGCUGACUGCUACUUGAAGCUGGAAAAAGGUGGAUGGUUACCACAAAAGACACAACACGACGAAGUACAUGACUCCAGUUUUGGUUUGGCUCAUUUCUACGAAAUUGUUGAACAAGAAUGCAGACGAGUCGCCGUCAUAAAGGAUCUCAAUUUCAAAAAUAUUGCUGGAUUAAGUAGGCUGAAUUUUGAACACUUCAGCCGUGAAAUCUACUUGCACAUUGAGGAUGGUAAUAUAAAAGCUUUGGCACAAAUGGUGGAGACCCUUGUUGGUAUAUAUUCUGAUCCAGUGCCGAAAGGUCUCAUAUGUUCCCAGGACGUUUAUAAACACUACAUCCUGAAACUAUUAACGACUUUGGAAACUAGAAUAAGCACUGAUUUCAAGAAUGGAAGCCCGGAGAACUUUCAGGCUUUUGUUUGGCAACUUGGCCACAGUUAUGACUUGAGCUCUACUUAUCUUAGAUUGUUGUCUCAUUCAGAUGCUUUGGAUGCUAUGAAACAGUAUUUCACUAUAAUUUUACCCCUAUAUAGUAACUACGGAGAUAUACCUGACAACUCAGCAUGGCAGGAGUGCCUUAUCAUCCUUUUGAAUUUUUAUAUUAGAUUGCUGGAUGAAAUGAGAAAAACUGACACCAGAGGUGAAUGUUUGAAGAUGAAUCCUGAGUGUUUAAAGAAUUGUCUAAAGGUUCUUAUUAGAUUGGUUAUAGAGGAUAGUGUCUCACCAAGUGAGAGUUGGAACACCAUUGUAAGCUAUGCGACUUAUGGUUUACUAGAUGAUUCUGCUUUUGAAGCUUUUGUUUUCUGCAGAGCGAUGAUUGUCUCUCGUUGUGGUUUUGGAGCUGUAGAACAGGUAUUUUCUGAGUCGGUGUCACUAUAUCCCAUUGCUUUGAAUUCUGGAAUUGAGAUUGAGAUUCAAGAUAUUUCUCGUCUAUACCUGCAAAUAUUGGAGUCCGUUCUACUUGACCUGGUCAAUUACUCACAUGAGCACCAGAAUCUGCGCCAUCUAUUAUCUUCACUUAGUAGAUUGGAAGGUGAUCUGGAGAAUUUAAGAAGUACCAGAGGUAAAGUUUGGGAAAGAAUGGCAGAGUUCUCUGCUAAUCUGCAAUUACCAAGAUCUGUCCGUGUCUAUGUAUUAGAGCUUAUGCAGUAUAUCACAGGUAGAAAUAUCAAAGGUUUCUCGUCUGAGAUACUGUAUAAUGUUUUACCUUGGGAAGGUUGGGAACAGUUCCAGUAUACAACCAAGAAAAGUGACCUAACAAGUAUUCCAACAAUAUUAGAUGAUAAUAAAGAUACUUCUAGCAGGUUUACAAGUACUUUAGUUGCCCUAAAGUCAACUCAAAUUGCGGGGACAAUCUCACCUUGCUUAGAAGUCACGUCCGAUGACCUUUCUUGCAUCGAGACUGCAGUUUCUUGCUUUAUGGAAUUCUGUGCAGUUGCAACUACAAAUGUCCAUGCAGAUAGUUUGCUGGCCAUUUUGGCGGAAUGGGAUGGACUUUUCCUGAUUAAGAGAGAUGAAGCUGAAGGCUCGGUAGCUGUCAGUGGAGGAAAUGAUUGGAGUAUAGAUGGUUGGGAUGAAGGGUGGGAAAGCUUUCAGGAAGUGGAACCGACAGAGAGUAGAGGGAGUGAGACUGUCCCGGCUCCUACACCUCACCCUUUACAUGUCUGUUGGACUGAAAUUUUCAAAAAACUCAUUUCACUUUCUCGGUCUAAGGAUGUGCUGAGAUUGGUUGAUGAAUCAUUGUCAAAAUCUUGUGGAAUGUUGCUUGAUGAAGACGAUGCCAAAACCCUGUGCGACAUUUUAGACGAUAAAGAUUGUUUUGUGACUUUGAAGUUGGCGAUGUUGUUGCCUUAUGAAGCAUUAAGAUUGCAGAGUCUAAAUGCAGUUGAAAGCAAAUUGAAACGAGAUGGAAUCUCAGAUGAACAAGGCGGAGACCUUGAUUUUUUAUUGCUUGUUUUAGCCUCAGGAAUUGUGUCAACCAUUGUCAUCAAUGCUUCUUAUGAUAACACUCUCUCCUAUCUCUGUUAUUUGGUGGGAAACUUUUUUGGUAGCGACCAAUUAACAUGCCUCAAACAGAAAGGGAGGAGUGUAAGUACUAAUAGUAGGAGAGGGUUGGUUCUUUUUAGGAAGAUUACCUUCCCUAUCUUCAUAUCAGAGCUUGUAAAGGCUGAUCAGCCUGUUCUUGCUGCCUUCAUGGUGACGAAAUUUAGGUGCACAAACCCUGCAGUCUGUCUUGUCAACGUGGCAGAGGCUAGUCUUCUCAAAUAUUUGAAAAGGGAGCUCCACGCUAUGCAGAAUGAUGAAUCUGGUGACAUGGAGGAAUUAGUGCCUGAAGUCUUGAGAAACACUAUUUCCAGAUUGAGAGAGAAGCUGGGAAGGCUAAUAGAAUCCGCAUUGUUGUUAUCUCAAAAUUGAGACGAUUUCUCUAACAAGUAUUUCUUACUAAUUAAGCAAUACAAAUGGGGAUUGAAAUCAAAGGUUUGUUAUAACUUCAAUGUCAGUCUGCCAUUGAGCUUAUUACUUUUUUAUUUACGUAAAGAAAGUGAGUUGUAUUGUGUAUUAGGCAUUUGGAUUCCAAGUACAGAAAGUAAAAAGGUGAUAUAGAGGUCAUUUUCGGUCCCAAAGUUUUACUUACUCAAUAUAUGCUUUGUAAUUAUCAUUUUUCCAAACAAAUGAUAUUCUAAAUGUUCCUCAA